ACCUUCACAUUCACCUUCAUCUUCACCUUCACUUUACAUACUUCUCUCUUUCCCUCCCUCAUUUUACAAAUACAACAACUUCCUCUUCCAACCAACCAACCAACCAACCAUAUAAACCCAUCCAACCAAUCCAAUCUGACUACUUAAUUCCAUAUUAAAAAAAAAAAAAAAAAGCUCAACUUUAGAUAUAUGCUUAUUGUCCAUUUGUGCUUUGCAAUAACAAUAAAACCAAAGGAAGAUCAACAUCACUUGCACACAUUCACUUCCUAACCAAAUGGAAAAAAGGCCUUUGAUGAAUGAGCUAACUCAAGGCAGAGAUCUAGCUAACCAACUUAAAGGCCAUCUUGAUCAAACCUUAUCAGCAGCUCAAACCUGUGAGUUUCUUGUUGAAAGGAUACUUUCUUCCUAUGAGAAAGCACUUUCUAUGCUCAACAACCCUUUUGAUGAAGCACCUGCUGCAGCAGAUUCAUAUUCCCCUAAUCACUGCACCAGCACCAAGAAAAGGAAAACAAUGGAUAAAUGGAGUGAACAAGUGAAAGUAUGUUCAGGGAACAUGGUGGAAGCUCCUCUUAAUGAUGGCUACAGUUGGAGGAAAUAUGGACAAAAAGAUAUCUUAGGUGCUAGUCAUCCAAGGGCUUAUUACCGAUGCACUCAUCGAAACGUUCAAGGGUGUUUAGCAACAAAACAAGUACAACGAUCGGAUGAAGAUUCAUCGGUGUUUGAAGUAAGUUAUAGGGGAAGACAUACUUGCAUCCAGGCCACUCAACUAUCAAAAGCGUUGGACAAAAAGCCCAAGAAAGAGGAAGAAGAAGAAGAAAAAAAGUGUAUGGAUCGCGCGUUUAGCUUUAAGGCGGGUUAUAAAGGGGGAGAGGAAGGCUUGUUCCCUUGCUUUUCCUUUGCCUCCACGCCAAUUGAAACAGAGAAGUUAGAGAACCUUUUCUGUGAUUUUAACCCCAAUUUGCAGACUUCAGAUUCUGAUCUUAGUGACAUCAUCAACUCAACACCAAACUCGGUCACAAAUUCGCCUUUCGGGGGUUGCGAUUUGAACUUGGAUCUGGAUUUUGAACAUGUGGAUUUUGAUGUCUCGGACUCUGAGAUGUUCGUGUAGAACUCAGAUUGCUACCUCAUCUAAUGGAAGAGAAGAGAGUAGAUAGGAGGGAGGGAGGAUGUACAAGUUUUUGUUUUGUUGGUUUGGUUGGUUGGGUUACUUGCAAGCAAUUUCUAGAUGAUAUGUUUAGUGUAGUAAUUUAUGCACUCUGCUAUCUUCUUUUCUUUUCUUGAAUGUAAAUUAUUUUUCAAGAUAAUUGUAUGUUGCCAACAAAUUAAAUAAAAUUCAUUUGUAGGGCUACUAGUA